CUUCGGUUGUCUGUCACUUGAGUCUCACUGACCCCACGCAAGUCAUUUCUAGACCACACACUACCCCACUACUAAUUCUCAACUAUGUGACUGCCAUUAGUCACGGUAGUGGCCAUUGCCUUCUGCGUCGCCGGCCGCGUGCUCGACAUCAAUCAAAGAACACCAAAUGCCUCCCAGAUGGGUCCUCCCAACGUUUGGCUGACUGGAAGGCCAGAGACCUCACUAAGACACGUCGGCCGCAAGAUCAAGUUCAAGCUAGACGGCUCAGUUCAAGGCUUCUUCGACGAUGACUACGCUAGCGAUGCCGACUGGGAGAAGUUCACCAAGAAAGGCAGCGCACUGAUGUGCGGCCUCAAUUGCGACGACAAAGAAGCCGGUCUCCAGAUGGGCGACACGCGCACUCCUCCUUCUUCGGCAAGCCCGUGGUCUGGCGAUCUCAGGCAAGAGAUGGCAGCUUGGAAAUGGACCGAGAUCAAUCCAUCAACGUACUCGUGUAAAAUGAACGAUCACUGGAAGGUCCCCGAGGCGAUGAAAGCCCUCAAGCUGGAUGGUAAGCCGCAGUCCGAGAGCGGAGAGAACGUGUGCUACCGUGUUGAGCACUGGGAUCCCAGCCUUGCAGAGAAUGGAAGCCAAAUUCCAGCGAUUAAUCAGUGGUACAAUAUCGACAAGACUGAAUACCAGGCCACAAACGCACACUACGAAUUUGGCCUCAAUCCUUCCGGCGGCGCUAUCUACGGCUACUUCCUCGACUCACCUGUCUACGCUGCCUCCACAUUGUGGCACAACAAUCGAAAGCCCGCGGAUCCGGCGAAGCUACCAAAACUGCGCGCGUUUUCGGAUGUGCUGUGGGGGUACUGGAACCGCGAUAAUCCAGAUGUGAAGAACAUCAAGUACUUCCUCAUGAUGGGGAUUAGCAAUGACCAGACUAAUGCUAUUAUCGCUACAUGUCUGCACAACAAGAAAGAAGCUCUGAAAGAGUGGCCGGGAGUGGAGUUUGAUACGGCAUCUGAUGAGGGCCAUGUAUUGCUGGGAAGCCCAAAUGGAGCCGCGUUCGCAUACUUUCUGAUGCAGCAUAAGGCUGAGUUGGGGAACAAGAUAAUUGGCAAGGUGACGGUGUUUAGAGCGGAGAUUGAUGAUGACUUGGCCUUUAUGGACCCAAACCUGGUAUUUCAUGUGGAGGAUGUGAAGGAGAAGGAUGGGGAAGAGAAAGAGAUUAAUGAUGACACUGAGCGGGACCGAGAUGGAUCUGGGCAGGCGAGGGCUUCUUCGAGGACUUUCAAGCUCUGAAGCAGCGCUUUUAAGAUUCUGGUUUCGGUACUAGGCUCGACAUGUGUAGCGGCGAGGCAUCUAUCUCAGGGCAUGCGAAUGACUGUAAAGGGUCAGCACUACGUACUACCUUACCUAGGGCUCG